UACCACUUGAAAGCUCCCACUCCCUCUACGAAACCACGUAACUUGGUUUUCGUUCGAUCACUACACUCCCUCUAUAUCCUUCGGUCUGCUUAUAUUCCUUGAAGAUCGUUCCUUGAGGAUAUUCCCCCCCCGAGUCUCGUGCAAGCGGCGAAAAUCUUCUAGGAGCACAACCUACUUUCUGUUGCCUCCAUCACCCUCGCCAGCCCAGCAUGUCGGGCUUCACCAUCCCUGGGCUGGGCUUCGCCAAGCCCAAUGAGACUCUACCGCCAGUCCCUGCCGACAUUCUCGUCGCCGCUGCUAGCCUUGGAGGCGACGAUGUAGUCAUGGGCGAGAAGAACGGGGAGCAAAAAGUUGAACCCUCGAAGGACGAUGUGAAUACCGAGGCCGCUGCCCCCCCCGAUGCGCAAAAGGCAGCAGAAGAACACCAGACAUCCAGCACCGCAACUGCGCAGCCUGACCCCGAUUCCAUGAAUGUAGACAGCCCACCGAGCCCUCCCUCUCUAACCAGCGCAUUGGAAGCGGCCUUGGGCCCAGCCGAGCCGAUGAAUACGGAGGAGCAGAGCAAUGCGCCGCAGCAAGCGACAUCCCAGACACAACCAGGGGCAACCCAACAGAACGGAGAAGGCGAACAACGAGAAUGGGAGACAGAUUCAUCACCUCUCGAAUCAUCGUCCGAGUCGAGCAGCUCCGACUCGUCAUCGGACGACGACGACGACGACGACGACGACGACAAUGGCGAGGGUAAUGAAGGAUACGAGCUACUGGGUGUCGACGAGACAGUGCGCAUGCUGAUGGAGGCCGCUUCCGACGACGAGAACGAAGGCGGUGGAGGUCGCGGUGCCAACGCCGGCCAACUGCGCACCAAGAACGAGCUGCCCCCCGAGGUGAUCCCCAAGCCCGACGUCACCAUCGCGCCGGAAACGAAAAUCGAGCCCCUCGGCGAGGUUGACCAGAUUGUCGAGAACAUACUCGUCGUCAAGGCUUACACGCCCGGCGAAUACCAGGUCCUCGAUACCGGGUCCGUCCUGUGUACGGAAGAUCGCACCGUCUUCGGGGUCGUCUGUGAGACCAUCGGCAAGGUCCUGCAGCCCAUGUACACGGUCAUGUUUACCACGGCGGAGGAGAUUGCGGAGGCCGGUCUGAAGACGGGGACCAAGGUGUUCUACCCCGUCAACCACGCCUCGUACGUAUUUACCCAGCCGUUGCGGAACCUCAAGGGAUCGGACGCGAGUAAUAUUCACGACGAAGAGGUGGGCGAUGAGGAGAUGGAGUUCUCGGAUGACGAGAAGGAAGCAGAGUACAAGAGGCAGGUUAAGCAGAAGAAGAGAGAAGGCAAGGCUGCCCGUGGUGGAGCAUCUCGCGGAGGAGGCAGAGAACCGCACCCGCUUCGGAACGAGGUCAAACCUGAUGCGACGACAAGUUCGGGAUUGAACUACGACGACGAGGACGACGGCCCAUAUAAACCCCUUCCAAGGCCGGCCAGUUUUGGCCAGGGUCCUCCGAUCGAACAGAGCUUCAUCCAGGAGCCAGAACCCCAACCGCGGUUCGGCGCGUAUCGUGGACGGGCCGACUUUCGAGGUCGGGGUAACAGGGGCAGAGACCGGGGCAGAGGAGGUCGAGGACGCGGCGGGGGCGGGGGCGGGGGCGGGGGCUUCCAGCACCGUGGGGACUCAAGAGAUGGCCACACCUUGCCGCCAGCACCUGGCGGUCACCAGUGGCCGCAACCUCAGCCACCUCAACAACAACAAGCACAGCAACAGCCGAUGUCCCCAGCGCCACCACCACCGCAACUGUAUCAACAGCAAACACCCAGCUACAAUCCGGCGGCGGCCUUCAACUUCAACAUCCCCGUUCCGCAGCCUGGGCAGGGCGGCUUCCCUGCCGUGCCUCCACCUCCACCCAACUGGGCCCCAGCACCGCAAAGCGCCGCACAUGUCGCCACACACGGACAGCAACAGGGCGGGCAGCAGCAGAAUGUGCAGGGAGCGUAUCUUAACCCGGCCUUUUUGGCAGCCUUGCUGGGACAGAUGCAGCAGCAGAAACAAGCUGGCGGUGGGGAUGGCCAGGCGCAAUGGCAGCCGCCUCAGCCGCCCCCUCCGCAGUGAUAGAUGGGGCACACAGGAGUACCUUGUAUGUACUCUGUAAAUUUGGUUGGGGUUCGAGGUAUCUUGACCUUUCAAUCUGAGAC